AUGAAGAUCGCCAUCGUAGGAUGUGGCCUCGCGGGCAUGUCAACUUACCUGGCGCUGCGGAAAUUCCUUCCAGGUGACCACCAUGUCACCAUUUACGAAUCACGCACGCCUCCGCCCGACCAAGAUGUUAAACCAUCCGAGAACCUCGACACCGCCGAUGUGGCUGCACCACAGGGCGGUUGUAUCGGAAUCCCCGCGAACGGAAUGCGCACCCUGCACAACCUCGACCCUGCCGUUCAUGCAGCCAUUCAAGAGCGCGGAUACGCCUAUGGGACGGUCAGGCUGAGGAGCUCGACUGGCUGGGACCUGACCGUGAAGCGGAGAACCCGGCGAGGGGGCGACGUGACCAUGAUGAUGGCCAGGCAGGCGGCGUGGCGCACCCUCAGGGAGGCGAUACCUGACGACCAUGUCGUGAUCCGGAAGGUUGCUAAAAUCACGAAGAGGGGCCAGUCGGGCAACACGAAGCCGGUGAUCUCAUUCGCAGACGGCAGUUCGGCGGACUUUGAUCUGGUUAUUGGAGCAGACGGCGUGCACAGCACCGUACGGAAGCACCUCUUCAGUGAUCACAGCGUGGAUGUUGCCGCAGUGUUUUCGAAACGGUGUGGAAUCUGGGGGUUCAUUCCCAUGCGCAUUCCGGAGGAGGUGGCCAGCACCAAAUCGGUGGUCAUUGUCAUGGGCGAUAACGCAUCCAUGGGUUACAGUGCUUACCGUCCCACAGAGGACGACUCACUUACGUGGUGGUCUCUAUACGAUACGGACGAGCCGCCCAGCCGUAAGGAGGUCCCUCGAGAGUUUGUGUCCGCGAUGCUCCAGGACAUGUAUGGGGAUUGGGAGGAAGAAAACGUCCGGGGAGUGCUGCAGAAAGCCUCGGCACCCUUCAUCUACCCCGUCUGGACAGUCCCCGAACUGCCUACAUGGGGCGAUGGCGGAGUCGUGCUUGUCGGGGACGCGGCUCACGCCAUGACUCCCGACAUUGGCCAAGGCACGAGCCAGGCAUUCGAGGAUUCGGAAGCGCUCGGCAUGCUACUCGGGCGUGCGCUCCAGGAGGGAGGCAUUGCCCAGGACGCCGCCGUUGAUCUGGCCGUCAGGGGCCUCUACGAGUGUCGACUGCCGCGCCUGUCCAAGAUCAAGUUGCUCAAUGCUCAAGCUCGAUCGAAAGGUGUGAGACGAAACAUCUGGGCUCAAAGGCUGGUGUUCUUUUGCAUCUGGAUAACGUCGAGAUUCACUUGGUUACAUAACCUCAUAUAUAGCAACGAUCGUGAAGGGGAAGAGAUUAUCAAUGGUUGGGAUGGAGACAUGGAGACAAGGAAGGUCGUUGAGAAGUUGUUACCGCUGUUGUGA